AAUCAUACUGCAUUUGAAAUGUCCGAAAAAAGAAGUUGAACAGUCAGAUUGUUGUUUUGUAUAUGGGAAUAUUGAUCUCCUCUGAGGUGGAUGCAUAGUGGAAAGAGAUUUAAACUCAAGUCAUUUCAAUUUGUCCAAGCCAAGAGAGCACAAGAGUCGCUGACAGUCCUGUAGGCCUCCACGUGAAACAGAGGCACAGGUGACUCAGUUACCUUCCGUGGCUCUCAGGCUGAAAGUCUCUUUGUUGUCAGAAGAUCAAACUCGGCUUCAAAGGGAUGAAAUAUGUCCAUGAUGUCUGUGAGAAACCAAAUCCGGAGGACCCUGUUGCAGCUGCCCUCCACAGAGACACGCAUGCUCAGCUGUGAGAAUUAGAAUAAUGUGCGAACAAAAAGGCAUUUAAUUCAAUCGUUAAGAGCUAAUUGUUUCAAUGUAUAACACAAAAUGUUAUUUCCCUAUGAAGGGUUUUGCAUUCCACACAGUGAGUUACAGUCAGCAUAUUUUCUAAAAUGUACGUUGUUUUUAGAAAUAAUAAUAGUCAUGGAGGGGGUGGGAUAAAACCUUUUAAAUGUAAAGCAUUAUAUCCAUGCAUUAUAUUUUGUAUUGUGUUAACAACUUUUAUAAGCACUGAGGUAUGUCUAAACUGUGUCUCUUCACUUUUAACUACUUUUUGUGUGCUUGACUUGUCACCGUUGAUGGUGUUUCUGUUUGAAUAGUUAGAAAUGGAUUAGUAAAUCAAUUAUGUUUGUUUUCACAAGGCUCAUGCUUAAUAUAUUUCCAACCAAAAGGCUUAAAAGCCGACUUCCUAAACCUGAUUCAAGUGAACUGUCUGGUUAAAUCAAAGUGUGGCUCUCUGAUGUAAUUAUCACUGUUCAAAGCAUUCUUUGUUCAGUGACCCUUUUAUUUGCUGGGCUGCUUUUUCUUUGGGAACACAUUUGGAGGCUUACUAUGCCGGGCAAACUGUUUUCCCUGUUUCUCAGGAGUGUUAGGAGGAAAGUUUUGUUGCUUUUUAAAGUUGUGUGACUGUAAUCCCGGCAUAAUGAGUGUAUGCUGACAUGGAGGCAGUGUUGCAAAACUGACUUAGUCUCCUCCAGCUGCAGCUUAAUGUAAGAACCUCUGCAGGCAUAUUCUAGAUGUGUACAGCCCUCUAUGUAUGUAUUUGUGCAUAAAAAAACAUGGGAAUGUGAGUGCAUUUGCUGACGCUUAAUUCAACUUGUUGCUUAUAGAAAACUAUUUGAGCUAGGUGUUGCAAUGACCCUUGGCCUUUUCCUGUCUGUGUAGCUCUCACAUUAUUGUGCUUUACAUAUGUUGGAGGCUCUUUGUGAUCAUGAUGCCCGACUUUAUGAAUGCUUUUCUCAAUAAUUCUCUUGGAUUCAAUAGGAAAAACCUUCCUAUCAAAAAUAUGUAACAGCAAUUAACCUAUUUAGUUAUAUUUUUGUGAACAACAUGUGCGGCUGGACUGUGAUUAUUAUAGAACGGAGAUUUGUCAUGACUCAAGAUAUGGGCUUCUGCCCAGUGCAAGAUCCAAGGAUGACAACAGCUGGGUCACACUGACAUAAAACAUGUAAAUGACCUCCAAUAAUGUUAAACAGUUUUGAAACAGAAAAAGAUUGAAAAAUCAGUAAAUCCUCAUAACUGGAAUCUUAAGACAUUCAGAUUUUUGUCUUUACAUAAUAAUAAAUGAGUUCAAUUUGUUUUGAUAGAGACCGCUGCAGUGAUUAAAUACUAUAGUUACUCUAUUCUUUUUUUUUUAGGUCCAUACAAUGGAGAGUUGUCUGUGAUUAUUGUGGGAUAUUAUUUGUGUCUUAUCAGCUGACAAAAGACACCACAGGAAUGGGAAAAAAACUUGGAUGAAUUUCCUCCCUCUGGGCAUUGUGACUAUUGUUAAAUCCAGCUCAUUCACAUAUCAUGUUCUCAUAUCACGUUCAAAAUUUAGAUUUACGGUCCUCAUUUUCUGUCUAUGAUCUUUAUCAGUUAACAGGUUUACUUGUGUUGCGAUCUGGAAAUCACCUGUUGUCCCAUUUGGGAUCCCAGUGUGGUGGUAACCCUCAGCUGAAAAAGGGCCUUUGCAGGGUUGUGACAGCACGCUGCAGCCAGGACCUGUCACUCUCAGCUCCACCGUGGGACGAGGGCACCUGAAAACCGCCUGUGAGGGAGAGUAACAGAGCCAGAGUGAGACGACACCAAACACAGGGAAGCAAGGAAGUGUCUGGUGCAACAACAGAGUCCGACGUGGGACUUGGGAGACAUUUUAUCUCUCCAUUCAAGGGGAUCUUAGCAGUGUGUCGCCUGAGAUAUCCCGGUUAACCGUUCUUCAGCCUCCCUUUUAAGACUUUACACCUUUUUUUAAAAAGAGACGGCACAAUGGAUAAGAAUGCUUUCGUGGACUAUGAGUACCCAGACUUGGAUCCUUUGCCAUCCAAAAUUGAAGCAGAAAUAAUCCCUCCAUGUGACCCCACUGCUGAUGACAGGCUCUACCACAUUUGCAUCACUGCGAUAUCUCUCGUGGUCAUGCUGAUCCUAGCAAUCUUAGCCAGACACCGAAAAGUGGGUGACAGACAGAAAGGACUCCCAGGUUUACUCAGUCCAGUCAACUUCCUGGAUCAUACGCAGCACAAGGGCCUUGCAGUGGCUGUGUUUGGAGUGCUCCUGUGCAAACUGUGGGGCCUGAUCAUAUCGCCAAACCCCCUCCCCUUCAUAACAGACACGGAGAAUAAACAGAACUGGGUGAUCCUGGGAAUCUUCUACUACCCCGCACUAUACUACCCUCUCCUGGCUUGUGGCACUUUGCAUAAUAAAGUUGGCUAUGUUCUCGGUAGCCUCUUGUCCUGGACGCACUUUGGUGUUCUGGUCUGGCAGAAAAUUGACUGUCCCAAAACAGCUCUGAUACACAAGCACUACUCCCUGUUCUCCAGCCUGCCCCAGAUAGCUUGCUUGGCAUUCCUUAGUUUCCAGUAUCCCCUUUUUCUAUUCAAGGGCUUACAGGGCAAUGAGAAGAACAACGCGACAGAGGAUCUGAGCAGCAGUUACUAUAACGACUAUGUGAAGAAAAUCCUUAAGAAGCCCAACAAAAUCAGCACAUCGAGCACUGAGACACCAAAGCUUCCUCAAAGGAUAAGUGAUGCUGUGAAGUCAUACAUUUAUACACCAGAGGAAGCUUUCCGUUUCCCUCUGAAGUUGGCUAUAUCUGGUGUGGUGUCAGUUAUUACCCUGUAUCAGGUGGGUCUUCUUCUGAUCUCGGCAGUGGUGCCUCCUCUCCAGACUGCCCGCUCAGGAGUCGAUGAAGACAUCGCCAACGUUUUAGCUGGCUUCAAGAUUAUGCUGUCUCCCGACAAACAUGAAGUGGUUAGAAUAGUUACACAUUACAUGUGGUGUGUAGAAGUGUGCUUCAUCUCAGCGAUGACCCUAUCUGGCUUGGUAAACCUGGCCAUGCUCAUGCGGUCCAUGGUCCUGCAUCGGUCAAACCUGAAGGGGCUGUACAGAGGAGAUAUCUAUAAUGUUUACAACUGCCAGAGAAGCAUCAGGGCUUCAAGGCCAGCGCUGGUCUGCUGGAUGGGAUACACCAGCUUCACUGCGGCUCACGUUUUCCUCGGCAUGAUCAUCCAAACCAUGGUGUUCUUCCUCUGCCUUCUGGUCGCUGUCUUCCUCAUCAUCAUGCCUAUACUGCACGGAGAGAAUCUGAUCCUCUUUCAGAUCCUGUUGAGCAUGUGGCCCUUCUGGCUGAUGAUUGUCUUGGCUGUGCUGAUUCAACAUAUUACCGGCAGGUUUUGCUUUAUCAAAAAAAUUGCAGGCACACGAGACCUACACAACAGGGGUAAUUUGUUCCUGCUGACGUACCUGCUGUUUCCUGUCAAUGUUCUGAUCGGGGUGCUGCUGGCAGUGUGGCGCAUGAUCAUCACAGCCCUGUUCAACAUUGUCCACAUGGGACGCAUGGAUAUCAGUCUUCUGAACCGCAACGUGGAGGCGUUUGACCCAGCCUACCGCUGUUAUGCUCAUUAUCUGAAGAUUGAGGUGAGCCAGUCGCACCCGGUGAUGAAGGCCUUCUGCGGGAUGCUGCUGCAGUCCGGGGGCCAGGAGAGCAAUUCUGCCCAGAGGUCACGGGAUGCUGAAGAGGGGAUCCAGCUGGUCAAUCAGGAGAAGAAACAGCACAAAGUGUCCACUGCAAAGAGGGCCCGCAGGCACUGGCAUCUCCUCUACACGCUGGUCAAUAACCCCUCCCUGGUGGGCACCAGGAAGCACUUCCAGCGUCAGACCACUGAGAGCUUUCUGAAUGGGAGCCUCAACCGCAGCGCCAAGGACGGGAGCAAAAAGGAGGCAGCAACCAAGGAGACGGAGGUGGCUGCCAGCAACUAAACAGGAAUGUGACCCUAAGGAUAGGUACAAAGUCUUCUGGUUUUGGGGGCAAAUUCUACACCGAAAUAAGUGCACUUAUUACUGUUCAGUGCCACAUGUAGAGAAAUUCACCAAGCCUUUCCUGUGUGGAGAUUGUGUGUCCACUUUGUGCUUUUCAUGUUCUCCUGAUCUUUAUGUGUCUCCAGUCUGAUGGGAAAGCUUGUGUGGAACUGAUCUCAUCCAAACACACUCAUUAUGUAACCUUUUUUAAUAUGUUUGUGUGCUUUUUUUGGGAGAGCAUUUAUUUGCUUUGUGUUUCAACCUGUAGGUUAAUCACAUACAUCUGGUAUUAUCAUAUACUGCAGAUAAAUCAGAUUUGUAGUCACCCAAACUAAACACACAGACAUGCAUUCCACUAAAGCAUCCCUUUUUUCAGAGGGUAAUCAUUUGUAGAAAUUUCACUAUUUAAGAAUUUACAUAAUGAGCUAUUUUCAAGACAGGGUAAUACAUUCCUUUUUUUCAAUUUUACACAUUUGUUGUAAUUGAAUAACCUGUGGAAUGGGAACUACCAGACAAAUUAAGGUGUUUGUUGUUGUUUUAUUUGUAGAUAUUUAAAUCCAAAACCACUUGCUGCUAACAGCGUUUUCUUAUUGUUAUAUUCUACAAUCUUACAUCGUUAUUUCUCUACAUCUAAAUGUAAAACAGCGACUUUUAAGUGAUACGAACAGCCGAAUUGUCCUUCUGAUUACUGUGAAAAUAAAUGCCAAACUAAAGUGUCUGUUUUUAUUGAAAUAUGUGUUUCUAUAGCAGGUUAAAUGCAUGGUGAACAGCUGUUGCUUUGUGUUGCGAAAUGAACUGUACCGGCCAAAGUGAAAACAAAGGGAGGCUUUGUGUUGAUCUCCUAUUUCAGACGAGGCAAUUUUUUUCUUUUUCACCUCUUUCUUCAACACUUUUCAAAAUUCUAUCUAUUGUUUUAUACUUAAUCAAAAAAACAUGAAAAAGAUAUUAAACCAAGAUCGUAUUAUUACAAAAAGGUCACAAGAAAAAAUCACGAUUC